AUGGACCGCUAUAUCUUGCGCAAAAGGCCAUGCAGCCCAGCCGCACCCCAUACUGCAAUAUCGGAAGACGAUGACUCCUCGACCGACAUAAAGCUAGCUCAGUUGGUGUCCCUCUUCCCAGACACACCGCAAGAUACGCUUCUCGACAUCCUCGUCUCUUGUGGCGGCUCAGUUGAAACCGCCGCAGCCACAAUCACAGAGCAGAAGCAUAUCCCCUUCAAACGACCAAAGACAGCCGCCACCGCGAUCCAGACCUCCCUCACCUCACACAUCGCCGUCUUGCCGGGAAAGAAGGAUGAAGAUGGAAGCGAUGUCGUCUCAAAGAAGUUCCGAAACCCGGUAGUCCAAAAAGGAAAGACGUUAUACCUAUAUAGCCCCGAAGACGUCGCCGCUCACACCUCGUGCACGAUCAUCCAUAACUUCCUCCCACCCGAACAAGCGAACGCACUACUCCUCGAACUCCUUAACGAGUCGCAGCAUUUCUCGCGCUACCAAAUGCAGAUAUUUGAGCGGACCGUCGAAAGCCCACACUCUACAUGCGUCUACGUCUCCACGGCAGAGGAAGAGGCCCAGCACACAAACGACUAUACGUAUGGCGGUACAUAUCAUACCAACAUUCGGCAGGCAACCCCGCAUCUUCGCGCAAUCUCCGCACGCGUCCAGGAAGCCGUCAAUGAGGAGAUCCGGAAACGCAUACGUGACGUCUACCCGGAGGGCAAGAAACUCAAAUAUCAAUCGCCGAAGGACUGGAUGCCUAACGCGGCGUUUGUGAAUUGCUACGAUGGCCCUGCGGAAAGCGUUGGGUAUCAUACCGACCACCUCACGUAUCUUGGGCCGCGCGCGGUCAUCGGAAGUAUAAGUCUGGGCGUGCAGCGGGAGUUCCGGGUGCGGAGGAUCGUCUCUGAAGAAGAGGAUGCUGGAACAAGGGCUGAUGCGCAGGGGCAGAUAUCUAUAGCUCUGCCACAUAACUCUCUUUUGGUUAUGCAUGCUGAAACGCAAGAAGAAUGGAAGCAUGCUAUUGCUCCUGCGCAGACCAUUUCCCCGCACCCACUGUCAGGCAAUCGGCGGAUCAAUAUCACGUAUCGGUGGUAUCGGGACUCGUUACAUCCGCGCAAUAUCCCUCGGUGUCGCUGUAAGGCACAUGCUGUUCUUAAAUGUGUUCAGCGUAAGAGUGAUAGUAGGGGCCGCUACAUGUGGGUGUGCUAUAUGAGGUCCAAACCUGGAAAGGAAGGCUGUGGCUUCUUUCAAUGGGCUGAGUUUGAUGAUGAUGGCGAGCCGCUUUGGAAAUCGCCUCAAACACAUAAGGAUGUCAAUGCCCCCAAUCUGAUCAAUUUCGCAGAUUAG